UCGACUUUCAGUAGUCGUAGUGCAACCAAAAUGGCUGCGUUGGAAUGUGAUCCAGCAGCGAAGACGUCUAAGUGACGAUGUCUCAAAGGGCCGGCCCGGGCAACCCGAGGAAAAGGGGGCACCAACACCAUCCUCGCAAUGACAGCAACAGACGGAGGGCCGCCCUGGACCAGCCCCCCCCUGCCGACCCGCCACUGAGCCCCUACAGUGCGAAACAAAAUGUGAUGCAAAGUGCCUCGAAGCCCCCAGCUUGUGAUAGCGAAGUGAUAGAUUUGACCAAUGACGACGAGGCGAGCGACAAGGUGCGCAAGGACGAGCGGAACGAGAGGCUGAGGAAGCCCCCCCAGGUGGGGGACAUGUCGACGGUGUACCGGCCGGCGGCCGAGGGCUCCAGCCAGAGCGACCAGGAGGAAGUGGAGGACCCGGAGAUCGAGGAGCUGUCGAAGUUGAGGUGCACGUCGGAGCGGACGGAGGUCGUGGCCGAGAGGGAGACGAGGAGGAGAGGACGCAGGUGCGCCGACUACCCGGGGUUGGCCUUCGCCAGUUCCAUCUUCAGCUCGGACACCCUGAUCAAGUUUUCCAUCAUCCGGAAUGAGCUGCACAAUAUCAUGAAUACUCAGUUAAAGAGGGCUGAAUCGGAAGUCGCCGCCCUCAACCGUCGCAUUCAGCUCUUAGAAGAAGACUUGGAACGUUCGGAAGAACGUCUGGCCACUGCCACUGCCAAAUUGGCGGAAGCUUCCGCCGCCGCCGAUGAAAGCGAAAGGAUACGCAAAGCCUUAGAAAACAGGACCAACAUGGAAGACGACAGAGUAGCCAUAUUGGAAAACCAACUGGCUCAAGCUAAACUCAUAGCCGAAGAGGCCGACAAAAAAUACGAAGAGGUUGCCAGAAAGUUGGUUCUAAUGGAGCAGGACCUGGAGCGAGCCGAAGAGCGGGCCGAGCAGAGCGAAAGCAAAAUCGUAGAGCUUGAGGAGGAACUUCGCGUCGUUGGCAACAACUUGAAGUCGCUUGAAGUGUCUGAGGAGAAGGCGGCUGUUACCAGAGAACAUAGCGAGGAUAAAAUCCGUUCCAUCUCUGAUAAACUGCGUGAAGCUGAGGCUCGCGCUGAGUUUGCUGAACGUUCCGUACAGAAACUGCAAAAGGAGGUCGACAGAUUAGAAGACGACCUGUUGGCAGAAAAGGAAAAGAACAAACUUUUGUCUGACGAGAUGGAAGCUACAUUGCAUGAUAUCCAAAAUAUGUAAAACCAAUUCAGUACUGUCAACAUUCCUGCCUUGCAUUCCCCUCCAUCAACAAUAAAAUCCAGGCUAAGACGCAAUCGGAGACCAUUUACCCGUGCUUAUUGCAAAUCAGAAAAAUACUAAUCAUUACAACCGUGUGAUAGCACAAUAAGCACAAUUAUAUAGGACAGGCAUUAAAUUUUUUUCCCACGGUCGAUGUUAACGAAGUCUGCGAUCUCUUUCUUGGUUCGUUGCAAUAUUGGUCAACACUGCCACUCGGAGGCCACAAACUUAGUCGCUUCGUUAAUAUCGUCGAAAUUAUGCCGUUUGUUUAUUGUAUAUUUUCGGAAUUUAGUGGGCACGUAGAUGGAAGGACUCCGGGCUUAUACACAUAUUUUUUAAUUAUUUAUGUAAUAUAUUAUUAAUAAUUUAUAAGACAGACGACGUGGUUUUUGGGUUUACAGCUGGUUUAUUUCGAGUCCUUGCAUGUACGCGCGCUUCAUUUUUUACGGUAAUGUUGAUUUGAUGUAGUAUUAUAGUCUAAAGCAAUUUAUAUUAAAGUCUGUUUAUCUCUAACUGCGAUGUAAGCUAAUAUGAAUUAUAUGAUGUGUUUUUUAUUUUU